UUUUAAAAAUUUUUUUUUUUUUUAUUUUUUUUUUGAACGAAACCAUCUUAUCUUUUUUUAAAAAUGAUGAAAGGAAUUUCUUUAGAACAUGAUUUUAGAUUAAUGAUAAAUAAUCCAAAAUAUAGUGAUAUAGAAAUUAUAUGUGAAGAUAAAAAAAAAUUAUAUGGUUCUAGAGCAAUAUUAGCAGCAAGAUCCGAAAUUUUCGAUAAAUUACUUUAUAAUGGAAUGAAAGAAAGUUUUGAAAAAGAAAUUUCUUUACCAGAAAUUAAUUCUUUUGCUAUGAAUAUUAUUUUAGAAUAUAUUUAUACUGGAAAACUUCAAGAAGAUUCUUUAAAUAAAGAUAAUACAAUUGAAGCUUUUUUUGCCGCAGAUUAUUUUAAUUUACCUGAACUUCAAAAAUUUAUUGUUGAAAAUGUUAAGGAAAAUUUAGAAAAAAAUUAUACUGAUAAUUAUUCACCAGAAUUAUUAUCUAGAGUUCGUGAAAAAACUAAUGGUGAUAAUAUUCUUCUUAAUUCAUUGGCUGAUUCAGUAGCCGUUAUUCCAUUAAACAAUCUCGAAAUUGGUCGUUUAUCUAUCGCUGGUCUUAAGUACUUUUUAGAAUAUAUACAUCAAAAAGAAAUUCCCUUUGCAACAACAGAAUAUGAAAUUUUUCGAUAUAGUGCACUUCUUACGGCAAAACAAAUUUCUUAUGAUGCAUUUACAGAUCUCGAGAAACGGUUACCGACAUUAAAAAAAAUGAGGGAUAUUAGUGAUGAUGAUGAUGAUGAUGAUGAUGAUGAUGAUAAAGACGAUGAUAAUGAUAAAGAUGAUGAUAAAGAUAAAGAUGAUGAUAGUCCAAUUAUUGAGAAGGAUAGAAUUGCAGAAGAAUUUGAACCUUUGACUAAAUAUAUUGAUUUCAGGCGAAUUGACGGUAAAAUCUUAAAUGAUAUUAUUGAUCCAUUAGAAAUCGUUCCUAUGAAAACACUUUACAAUGCCACUAAAUAUCAAGCAAAGCACGGUAAUUCAAGUUUAAGUGAUAUUCGUGGAAUUUCACCAUCAUUGUAUAGGUUUACCGAAUCCGAUUGUGUUUGGAACGAAUCAUUUCACGGAUCUUUAAUUUCUCUUUUGGAUGGUGGAAAAGUUGCUGAAGCUUCAAGUAGUGAACUUCAAAAUGUCAGAGCAAACAUUUUAUGUUGUAAAGGUGUUUAUGAAUGGGAUAUAAUUAUUGAGAAAUAUUGUGUAUUUACUUGGAUCGGGGUAUGUUCAGCAGAAUCUAAGUUGGAUUAUGAAAGUUUUGCGGGAUCACAAUCUAAUGCAUGGAUACUAGGUUCCUCUGGUGAAUGUAGGAAUGGCCAAGAUACUUUCAAAUAUUGUUCUUCAUUUGCUGGGAAUUAUCAAACAGUAACUGUUCAUUUAGAUAUGACUCAAAAAACGAUCGCUUUCACAGUUAAAGGUGAAAGACAAUCGGAAGUAUUGAAGUGGAAUAAUCUACCGUCAAAACUUUAUCCAAUCGUUUCAAUAUGUGAACCUGGAAGAAUUCGAAUUCAGCCUCACAAAAAUAAAUGUUAAUGUUAAUGUUUAGAAAGAAGAAAAAAAAAAAAAAAAUUUAAUUAAAUUUCAAGCUAUUGUAACUUUUUUUUUUAA